AACAUUAAUGAGAAGCAAUUGAUCUCCUUCAUUUAUUCUCUAAUUAUAAUCGUUGAUAAGAACUGGGGUCAAAUGAUAAGUUUUUAAUACAUAUAAACAUCAAGAACUUCGAUGCGAACUAGUAUUCUGCUGAGCGAAAGUUGAAGUGGUCAAAACUGGAAGAAUAAAUUAUAAUCAUGAAGGUUCCCUUUCUGUUUAUAACAGUACUGGGAUGUUCGUUGGCUAGUCCUAAUGGGUACUACCAUCAGGAGUACAACUAUAAAACAUCACAAUCAUCUUACAAAAACAAUGAAUUGCAACAUAAGACUGAUGAUCAAGGUUAUUAUAAAAAAGAUGGUGAUUUAGAAAAUAGAUAUAAGCCUAUCGAAGAUUCAAACAGCGAACAUUCAGAAUAUAUAAAUCCAAAACUGCAAAACGGCCAGUAUGGAUUGGACACAAACUCCUAUGGUCACAUGAGAGCUGACGGAACCUAUGGAUAUGGCAACCAAAACAGCAUGGGUGUCGAAGGUCUCGCCAGAAACGACAGGAUCUAUGGCAGUCAAGCUGGAUAUUCUGCUGGUUACGGUAGCAGCAACAGUCACAGCUACAGUACAAACUCCAACCUUAGGAUGUUAACGUCUCGUCUUCAACAAGAAUUGGAGAGAGAUUUGCAAGAAGCUGUUCGCCAAAACAGCGCCUAUUCUCAAUCUAGGAUAGAUAUGACUGAACUUGAAAGAGAGCUAAGGAGGAAUUUAACGGAGAGGCUAAACAACGAGCUGAAUCUUAAAUACGGUCAACAAAUUGUUCGCAGUGGGAUGUCCUAUUCCAUGAGUGGAGGAAGAUUACAACCAACUGCAAACUACGAUAACCAAGAACUUGUAGACCUUAAGAGCCAGAUAGAAAACACCUUGCUCAAUCAGUUACGCACCCAAUAUAGCCAAUACAGUCAACAGAGCAGCUAUGGUAGUUCAAACUCUUACCAACACAAUGGAGGUGCCUACGUUUACCCCGUAACACAGAGACCAGUAUACUACACCACAACCUACAGGCCGAUUUACCCAACCUUGACAUCUGGAGGAUACGUCGACACCCACAAUCAACAAUAUAACACGGUUAAGACACGAUACACUCCAAUUGCUAAUCCUGAAAGUCUCACAUCGAUUGCUUCAAGAGUCCAAAGUCAAUUGGACGCAAAUCUGAACAACGUACUGGACGAAACACGUAGAACUCACUUCUCAUCAAGUCAACAGUACUCUUUGACGAACCCUGAUGCUCUUCUUGAAAGAUUGAGGAACGAACUGAGAAACAACAUCACCUACCAAUUAGACGAUAUGAUCAGUAAGAAUUACGGAUCGCAGACGCAAAAAGACGGAUACUUGUACUCUGUCGGAUCUAACGGUGCCAUAUCGACAGAUUACAAUUACGGAUUGAGAGAUAUGGAAAAUUUGAAGGAGCAGAUCCAAAGAAAUUUGAUUAAUAAAUUGGAAAGAGACUUUGAAUCUUCCAGAAAGAGUUGGUCUUCCUCUUCCUCGUACAGCAGCCAGUCCAGCUACGGUAACACCUACGGUUCAGCUCAACCAGCUUAUUACCAGCCAGGUGUCAAAGCAGGAUACAAUUCAGGCAGUGAAUACAAUUCAGCCAGUAGAUAUAACUCAGCCAGCGGAUAUAACACAGCAAAUCAACAUAACUCAGCCAGCGGAUACAAUUCAGGUGGCACCACCUACAGCAGCGGAAACAUGGCGGAGUUGCAGAGACAACUUCAAGCUGAUCUAUCGAGACAGCUUAACCAAGCGUUAAACCAAGAGUCGCACAGUUCAUACAGCUAUACUCCUCAAAAUUACCAGUCUUCCCUCCAAGACCUGUCUGAUCAAUUGAAUAGGAAUCUUACAAAGCAUUUACAAGAAUAUAGUGCCAGUGGAUCCUAUGCAGCCUACGGAAACUUCGAUAGAUCCCAAAUGGCAGAUCUUAGAGCUAAACUGGAAGAAUCUCUGAUGAACCAAUUGCGACAAGGACUACAACAAUCAAUGCAGACUCACAGUUCAUACAGUUCAAGUAGCAGCAGCAGUAGCAGUAGUAGCAACUCCGCUGGCUACAGACCAGCAGCUAAUUACCAGAUGGGAGGAUACAGUUCAGAUGGAACAUGUUGUCAAGGAGAUAACCGGAGAUAUAAACGAUCCCCACAACAACAAACACAGCCACAAGAUAUCGGCUGGAAACCACAGGGAAGCCAAGUUCCUCCUCCACCAAAACCUGCACCAGCUAAGUCCAGAAGUCAACGAUCCCCACAACAACAAACACAGCCACAAGAUAUCGGCUGGAAACCACAGGGAAGCCAAGUUCCUCCUCCACCAAAACCUGCACCAGCUAAAUCCAGAAGUCAACGAUCCCCACAACAACAAACACAGCCACAAGAUAUCGGCUGGAAACCACAGGGCAGUCAAGUUCCUCCUCCACCAAAACCUGCACCAGCUAAAUCCAGAAGUCAACGAUCCCCACAACAACAAACACAGCCACAAGAUAUCGGCUGGAUACCACAGGGAAGCCAAGUUCCUCCUACACCAAAACCUGUACCAGCUAAAUCCAGAAGUAAACGAUCCCCACAACAACAAACACAGCCACAAGAUAUCGGCUGGAAACCACAGGGAAGCCAAGUUCCUCCUCCACCAAAACCUGCACCAGCUAAAUCCAGAAGUCAACGAUCCCCACAACAACAAACACAGCCACAAGAUAUCGGCUGGAAACCACAGGGAAGCCAAGUUCCUCCUCCACCAAAACCUGCACCAGCUAAAUCCAGAAGUCAACGAUCGCCACAACAACAAACACAGCCACAAGAUAUCGGCUGGAAACCACAGGGCAGUCAAGUUCCUCCUCCACCAAAACAUGCACCAGCUAAGUCCAGAAGUAAACGAGAAUUUGGAUUCGGCGAUGGUUUUCUAAAAAUGAAAACAAAUCUCGAACAGACACAAAAAGAUUUAAAAGCAAAUUUUGAGCAGGGACAUAAAGAUUUUACUAAAAAAGCUGAAGAAGUAGGUGAAGGAAUUGCAGAUAUAGGCCAUAAAGUAUUCAACUGGAAACCAUGGGGAAACAAUGGUCAUCCUGGACGUCAUGAUAAUGGAAGAAGGCCCUGGAACCGCGGACAGGGGAAUAGAUAUCAACAACAAAUAGAAGAUCAAGAACAAAUUGGCCAACAGCAGGAACCUGAUGAAGACUUGGGUCAGCGUCAAGAGCAAGGAAGUAGAUAUAGUAAAAUUACCAAAAUCACACAUGUAGGUCAGCAUGUAGAAGAUCUCGGUCAAGAACAAGUAGAAGAUCUUGGUCAGCAAGUAGAAUUAGGACAAAACCAAAUCGAUCUUGGCCAACAAUUAGAAGAUAAUGAUGACUUUAGUCAACAUCAAAUCCAAAGAAACAAAUAUCGUGUUUCAAAAAUUAUUAGAGGCCAAUCACAUUCACAAAUUGGUCAACAAACUGAAGAUCUCGGUCAACAAACUGAGGAUCUAGGUCAACAAUUAGAAGAUGGAGAAAACCUUGGUCACCAAAGAACCAGAUAUAGUAAAAUUACCAAAAUCACACAUAUAGGUCAGAAUGCAGAAGAUCUUGGUCAAGAACAAGUAGAUCUUGGUCAGCAAGUAGAAUUAGGACAAAACCAAAUCGAUCUUGGCCAACAAUUAGAAGAUAAUAAUGACUUUAGUCAACAUCAAAUCCAAAGGAACAAAUAUCGUGUUUCAAAAAUUAUCAGAGGCCACUCACAGUCACAAAUUGGUCAACAAACUGAAGAUCUCGGUCAACAAACUGAGGAUCUAGGUCAACAAUUAGAAGAUGGAGAAAACCUUGGUCGUCAAAGAACCAGAUAUAGUAAAAUAACCAAAAUCACACAUGUAGGCCAGCAUGCAGAAAAUCUCGGUCAACAACAAGUAGAAGAUCUUGGUCAGCAAGUAGAAUUAGGACAAAACCAAAUCGAUCUUGGCCAACAAUUAGAAGAUAAUGAUGACUUUAGUCAACAUCAAGUCCGAAGAAACAAAUAUCGUGUUUCAAAAAUUAUUAGAGGCCAAUCACAGUCACAAAUUGGUCAACAAACUGAAGACCUCGGUCAACAACAAGUAGAGGAUUUUGGACAACAGCAAGUAGAAUUGGGACAAAGUCAAAUCGAUCUGGGCCAACAACUGGAAGAUACUGAUUUUGGUCAACAAUUAGAAGAUGGAGAAGACCUUGGUCACCAAGGAACCAGAUAUAGUAAAAUUACCAGAGUAACUAAAAUUAUUCGAGGCAAAACUCAUUCGAAAGUAGAUCAACAAUCUGAAAAUUUAGGUCAACAGCAAGUCGAAGAUCUUGGCCAAUUAGUAGACACUGACGAAAAUCUUGGUCAACAUCAAAUUCACGGAACUGGAUAUAGUAAAAUUACAAAGAUUAUUCGUGGGGGCACAAGUUUUGUAGAUGGCCAGCAGGUAGAAGAUCUAGGUCAGAAAGUAGAAGACCAACAACAGCAACAAGUAGAAGAUGUUGAAGAUCUUGGUCAACAUCAAAUUCACGGAACUGGAUAUAGUAAAAUUACAAAGAUUAUUCGUGGGGGCACAAGUUUUGUAGAUGGCCAGCAAGUAGAAGAUCUAGGUCAGAAAGUAGAAGACCAACAACAGCAACAAGUAGAAGAUGUUGAGGACACUACAGAUAUUGGUCAAAAAAUUGAACACGUUCUACAUAAAGUAACAGGAGGAAAGCUGCAUUUAAAACCUUUAGAUCAGGGACAGCAAGUAGAAGACCUUAGUCAACAGCAACAGAUAGAUUUAGAUCAACAACAAGUAGAACAUUUAGAUUUUGGGCAAAAAGUUGAAAAUGUUCUAAGUAAAGUAACUGGAGGAAAACUACAUUUAAAACCUUUAGAUCAAGGGCAGCAAGUAGAAGACCUUAGUCAACAACAACAGACAGAUUUAGAUCAACAACAAGUAGAACAUUUAGAUUUUGGGCAAAAAGUUGAAAAUGUUCUACAUCAAGUAACUGGAGGAAAGGUGCAUUUAAAACCUUUAAAUCAAGGGCAGCAAGUAGAAGACCUUAGUCAACAGCAACAGACAGAUUUAGAUCAACAACAAAUAGAACAUUUAGAUUUUGGGCAAAAAGUUGAAAAUGUUCUACAUCAAGUAACUGGAGGAAAGCUGCAUUUAAAACCUAUAGAUCAAAGUCAGCAAGUAGAAGACCUUAGUCAACAGCAACAGGUAGAUUUUGGCCAACAAAUUGAAGAGGGGGGAAAAAUACAUCAAACAAAUGGAGGAAAAAUACAGCAAAAAAACCUUGACCAAAAUCAACAAACCGAAGAUCUUAGCCAACAACAACAGAUAGACUUUGGCCAGCAAAUUGAAGAAGAGACCACCACUAUAGGCCAGGAAAUUGAAGAGACGACCACUGUAGUCUACCAGAAAGUCGAAAAUAUCGACCAACAACAGCAAAUUGAUUUUGGUCAACAAAUAGAAGAAACCCACUUAGAUCAGAGCAAAUUGCAUUUAAAACCUUUAGAUCAAUCUCAACAACAAGAAGAACUUGGUCAAGAGCAAGAAGAAGUCAACUUUACUAUAGGUCCACAAGUUGAAGACGACUUUCCUCAUGGAAACCAAGGAAAAAUUCAAAUUGGUGGUUCACAGGAUCAAGAACAGGAACAGGACACUCAACAAGUGGAACAGCAGAUCAGUGGUUGGCACGACCAACCAAGAAUACAACAAAAGCCAUUAGACCAAAGCCAAGAGCCAACUGACACACAGCAAGUUGAAAUUUUUGAUGUGAAUUCAGUAAAGGGUACUGAUGAUCACCUACCAAAGGACAUUUUGAAAAAGGUUAAAUUUAUUGAGGAUAAGCUAUCAAACAAGUUAGAAGCUGCCAUCAUAGGAUUUUGUGGUACAGAUAGACUUAAUGUUCCCCAAAUGAGAUCAGAACUCAUUAAUGAUGUUAAAAAGAACAUUACUGAAGAAUUCAACAAGGGAUUCUCUAGAUACUAUCUACAAAAUGAUCUUGGUUUAACUGAUAAACAAAUAGCUAGAAUUCAAGCUAUACUGUUAGAUAGACUCUUAGCGAAAAUUGAAGAAGGCGUUGAAAGAGCGAAAAAGGAACAUGAAACAAGGAAAACAACGACAAUAAUUAAGACAUCACAAGAACCUGAUGACACCGGUAUAUUUGAUGACAUAAAACCAGAAGGAUCAAUAUUCCAAAGUGGACAUAGGACAAUUAUAAGAAAUAGAACAGUGAUAACGACCCAUACUACAUCAGGGGGAGCCUCCUUUGGAAUUACAGACCAAGGUCAAUUUAUAUCACAACCAAAAUCUACACAGGGUGCAGAAAAUGAAGCUGAUUCUUUAAUAACAGCUCUUAGAAACUUAAGUAACUCCAAACACAAGACAGUAGUAGAGCAAGAACCAACAGAUAAUCAUGUUAACAGUUAUUCACAUACAACAGUUUAUCAAGGUGGCAGUAGCAUUGGUGGAUAUCAAGAACAAGAGGUACAGACAGGACAUGGUAAUAAUGACGGCUUCGAUAAUCAAGAACAAGAGAUUCAAACUGGAUAUGGUGGCCGCGGUAGCCAUCAUUCUUCAAUAUAUAGUAAUCAAGAACAAGAAAUUCAAACUGGAUAUGGUCGCAAUAGACAUCGUGGUUCAGGCUACGAUAAUCAAGAACAAGAAAUCCAAUCUGGAUAUGGAGGUCAUAAUAGACAUCGUGUUUCAGGGCUUGAUUAUCAAGAACAAGAAAUCCAAACAGGAUAUGGCAAUCAUAAUAACCACCAUACUUCUAGCUAUGAUGUUCAAGAACAGGAAAUAACUGGAUAUGGCGGACAUGGUCACAUAAGUUCUUCACAUUCUGGAUAUGGCGGACGUGAUCAUAUAAGUUCUUCACAUUCUGGAUAUGAUCAUCACGAUCACAAUCAUGGAUAUGAUAACCAUGAUAUUGAAGUCAUACAUAGUGGAAGCCACCAUACUAGCUUUGACGAACCGCUUAGUUUUAAUCAUCAUGAUAUAAGUGACAGUCAUUCCCUAGACCAUCAUCAUGGCGGUUACGGUCACCCAGAAUACUUAGACAUAGAAGAUCCCCACAGCCAUUACUAUACAAGACAUGAAGUACACGUUGAAGAAGUACCACACCACACUCACUCACAUAGUUAUCAACAAGAACAAGAAAUAAUAGGCCAAGAAUCAGGGUAUGAUGAUCAGGCCCAAGAAGAAGAAUCAAUUCCCUUACCAAACGAACAACUACAAUCUUCAUCUCAGGAACAGCAAAAAAUAGAAGUCAUAAGACAUGAUCAUUAUGACGAUGUAAAUGCUGUUCCCAGUGUUUCUGUAGACCAAGAAGUUGAAGAACCACACCAUCAUGAUGUAAUUCACAUAGAGGAGGUUCAUGUAGAUCAAGAAAAUUCUGUUCCUCCAGAAGUAUAUGAAGAAUUACCUUGGUGGAAGAAGGCUGCUUCAAAAAUACGGCAUGGAGCUCAUAAGGUGAAGGAAGGGGCGAUCAAAUUGAAGGAGAAAGUUGUUGGAUGUUAAAUGUUAGAUUUAAAAAUAGUAUUUGUGGUAUUAACUUAUUUUUAUUAUAAUUAAAUUAAAAAAUAUAUAUUCUUAAUAAUU